AUGCUUUCAUCGUCGCAACGACGGUUGGCUAGGCUACGCACGGUCGCGAGGACCGCCCUGAGCUCGACCUCUCCUUCGCCGCGGGUGUCGCGGGUGCCCCGGGUGCUCGUCCGUUUCGCUUCGUCGAGCACGACCCGGUUCGCGCCUCCUUCGGCCUCGGUCGAUCCCGCUUCUUCCUCCACUUCCCCUCACCCACCCCCCCCACCACCACCACCACCACCACCACCACCACCACCACCCCCACCGUCGGCUUCCAUCUCGAACCAAGCCUUUCUCCAAAGGCCCGGUCAUCCGCUCUACUCGGUCCCUCCACUUCCCCCCCUGGCACCCCCAUUACCCGCCGAUGUCGAACAAACAGACAAGCGCGCUCCUACCGCUUCCUCCUCUUCCGGCUCCUCCUCCUCCUCCUCAACCCAUCCUACCCCCGCGAACUGGACAACUCCCACCCAGUCGCAGGAACAACUCGCGAUCCUGAACGCCUGUCUCGCCUCGGGGGACCUAACCCGCGCCGAAGAAGUGGCCCGAAGAAUCUUGGGCCAUCGCAACGAUUCGCUCACGACGCUCUUACCUCCUCGGGUCCACGCCGACUUUCUUCGGGCCUACCUCUCGAGCGCACUCAUCAAAGCGCUCGUACCUACCCCUUCCGAAACGCCUUCGACACCUUUGUCGGAGCUAGUCAGGUCCGAUUACGUCGUCAAAGCAUGGUCCUACUUUGACUCGUUGCAACGCCCGCAAUGGUGGGAUCAAGUAACCCAAACGAACGUCGCCAUCGACGAAUCCGUCCUGGCCGUCAUGUUCAAAGGACUCGUUGCGGCCGGACCCUCGAUCUACAAUCCGAACCUUUCCACACCGACGCAAGAGACCUCCCUAACGACGCGUAAGAACCAACCUUGGCUCAAACCUCUGACGACCUUGUUGGACCACGUCGAACGACAUCAAUUGCGCUUGAAGGAGAUUCUGAACGAUGCGAUUUGGCACGUCGAAUUACCGAGUUAUUUGGGAAAGGUUUCACCUUUACGAGUGUUGAACGCGCUCGUCGAGACGGGUCGAGGUCAGGAGGAAUGGAACGCGUGGGAGGAAGAGAUUGAAGAAUUGAGGAGCGAAUUCAAAGAGAUCGAAACCAAGUUGUCGCAACGUCAUGCGAUUUCGAAUCUGACCCACUCGGCUUCGACAACGGCUUCGACGAGCUCGAACGAACCGGUCGAGAUCGCACCUACGACCCGAACGUCAGCUGAACCAGGGGGAGCACCCGACGUUUCGGUUUCGCUCAAAACGCUUCGAACGAAUUUAUCGACUUUGGCUAUGCCGGACGGUGUCGUCUCCGCCGCGAAUCGUCAACAGCUACUCGAAGAAUCGUCCUACGACGCCGCUCGACAACUCUACAUCCAUGAAAGGGAACAACUGGCCAAAGUCGGUAAGGAUAAAGAACGAGGACUCAAAUCGAAUUGGUUACAAGGCGUCAUGUUCGAAUGGACCAAAGCGUUGGAAGCGGCUUUGAACGAUCAAUUUUAUUCGGGACGGAGCACGACCCCCCAGGGGAGUCGGACGAAGAAGGGGAAGAAGGUCGCCGAAUCGCCGCCGUCGGAUACGACUUCGUUCGGCGGGUUCAGUAAUACGUGGAACAAGGACCCGGACAUCGAACCUUUCUUGAGGCUCGUACCGACGGACAAGAUGGCGCUCAUCACGAUCGUCGAAUUACUGCGUCAUUGUGGAAACGCCGGCGUGGCGGAAGGGAUGAAGGCUGCAAGAGGGAUCCUUGAAGUCGGUCGAGCGAUCGAGAACGAGUACCAUGCUCAGGUGCUGCAACAAUCCUUUCCGCGCAAACAUUUCUUACAGGAACUCGAGCAGAUCCAAACUUAUGGCAAGUUGAACUCGCAAGGGGAAGUGAUCGAAGCGAAACCUACUCGAGCGAUCGAGAUUUUCUGGAGGAGGGAAUUGGCGAAACGGGAAAAGAGUGGGGAUACUUCCUGGCGUCCGGCAUGGACGCGUUCGAUUCAUGCCAAGGUCGGGUCCUUGUUGAUCACGACGUUGAUGCAAGUCGCCCAAGUUGAAAGGACGGCCACACAUCCUGUCACGGGUAAGAUCGUCACCGAGGUUCAACCCGCGUUCUCGCAUUCGUAUCAAUACGUCAGGGGGAAGAGGGUAGGCGUCAUCAAGGUCAAUCCGGCGAUCGCGGGCAGGAUCGAUACCGAUCCAUUGAGGAUCACCUUGCAUCCGAGGUUCUUACCCAUGGUCGUCAAACCCAAGCCUUGGUUGAGUUAUAAUUCGGGUGCUUAUUUGAUACAUUCGAGUGAGUUCAAGCAGGCUCACGGUUUCGUUGUCUUAGGACCUGUGAGCUGACGCGGUUUGGGGUUAACUUUGCAGCUCAAAUGAUGCGGACCAAAGAUUCGGACGAACAAGUACAAUACCUCAAACAAGCCUCGGACGCCGAUAAUCUCGACGACGUCUUCACAGGUCUCGAUGUCCUCGGUAGCGUAUCCUGGGUCGUCAAUCGACCCAUCUUUGACGUCGUUUCGGCCGUAUGGAACACGGGUGAAGCGAUGGGGGACAUCCCCGCCGCAGGAACGUUGAACCUGCCCAUCGACGUGGAGAAACCCGAAGGACUGGAAACCGAUCUUCGUGCAUUGGACACCUACCGACGCCGAAUCAAGAAAGUCCUACAAGAUCGUCGAGCGGCGCAUUCGAAUCGUUGCGAUAUCAACUACAAACUCGAGAUCGCUCGUGCCUUCUUGGGCGAAAAGUUCUACUUCCCCCAUAACCUCGAUUUCCGAGGCAGGGCUUACCCGAUCCCACCGAAUUUAUCGCAUAUCGGUGAUGACAUGUGUCGAGGGUUGUUGAUGUUUGGGGAAGCGAAACCUUUGGGUGAGAGGGGGUUGAGGUGGCUCAAGAUUCAUUUGGCGAAUACGUUCGGGUACGACAAGGCUUCGUUCGAUGAGAGGGAGGCGUUCGCGAUGGAGCAUUUGGAGCAGAUUUACGAUUCCGCCGAUCGACCUUUGGAAGGGAAGAGGUGGUGGUUGAACGCUGAAGAUCCUUGGCAAUGUUUGGCGACGUGUAUGGAGUUGUCGAAGGCUUUGAGAUCGAACAAUCCGCCGGAAUAUGAAUGCGCCUUGCCGAUUCAUCAGGACGGGACGUGCAAUGGGUUGCAACAUUACGCCGCGUUGGGUGGCGAUCUCAAGGGCGCUGAACAGGUCAAUUUGGACGGUGGGGAUCGACCGGCGGACGUUUACUCCGCCGUUGCGAACGUGGUCAACGAAAUCAUCGAUCGCGACGCCGCGGACGGGUUGGAACAAGCGCUGAUCUUGCAGGGUAAAGUCAGUCGCAAGGUGGUCAAACAAACGGUCAUGACCACCGUUUACGGCGUCACCUUCAUCGGAGCCAAGAACCAAAUCGAACGACAACUCAAGGAUCGUGGCGAUAUCUCGGCCGAACAUUUGUACGCUUGUUCGGUCUACUUGGGCAAGUUGGUGCUUUCGUCCAUUUCGGACGUGUUCAAGGGCGCUACGGCCAUUCAAGAAUGGUUGAGUCGUUCGGCGAGGUUGAUUUCGAAAUCGAUCCCACCGGGGAGAUUGAACGCCGCUUUACAACCGGAUGCGCUUCCGAAGAGGGGAAGACCUCCCAAGGCGUUGGCGGCGAUGCAAGCGGGGGCUGAUCCGAGCAAGGACGUCGAUAUGCCGAGUCGGAUCCCGAAGGAAUUGAUGACCAGCGUCGUUUGGACGACUCCUUUGGGCCUCCCCGUCGUUCAACCUUAUCGCAAGGAUCGCAAGAGACAAGUCACCACCGCCUUGCAAAGCGUCUUCAUCUCUGACCCGGCGAUUCCAGCCGAAGUCGAUUCCCGAGCCCAAGCCACCGCCUUCCCCCCCAACUUCAUCCACUCCCUCGACGCCACGCAUAUGAUGAUGACGGCGUUGGCGAGUAAGGACAAGAUUGCGUUUGCUUCGGUGCACGAUUCGUAUUGGACGCAUGCGUGUUCGGUCGAUGAGAUGUCGGUCAUGUUGAGGGAGGCCUUUAUCGAAUUGCAUUCGCAAGACAUUUUGGGCAAACUGAGGCAGGAGGUGAGUGAAUGGGUUUCCAGCUUCGUUGGGUUUUGCGGUCGAGGGUUGAGUACUGAAUGCGCUUCUUGCUUUGGUUUCUAGUUCUUGGAGCGUUACAAAGGGCACGUCAUCCCCGUCAAACGCGUACCCCGAGGACUACGCUAUGCCGAACCCGACCACACCGGCUCGAUUCAAAUCAAAUCCGAGAACGAAACCGAGGCCGAAGCGAGCUCCGAGCCUACGGACGUGAUCACCGAACUCGAAGCCGAAGAUGGUCCUGCGACCCUUCCUCUUUUCGCCCAACACGAUUCGAUCCCCAUUUCCAACACAGCCACCCCGACGGGCGCCGCGAAGAAAGCUCGCAAAACGAGCUCGAAGAAAACCCCGUUGCUCGGCUUCGAAGACGACGUGGAUUUGGACGCGCCACCGACCCCUGAAGCGGUCGAAGCCGCCGAGAUGUGGAAAGUGCCGACUUCUCGAGGCGCGAAUUCGAAAUUCGUUUACGUCGCGGAUGUAUUGCCUCCCGUACCGGAAAAGGGCGACUUUGACCUGGCCAAGAUUAGGAGUAGUUUGUACUUUUUCUCCUGA